AUGUUCACAGGCCCGCCGAAGAUCCUGAUGAGACCGCGGUCCCAGCACGUAAAGGCAGGAGGGAUCGCCAGUUUCUACUGCAGCGCCCAUGGACAGCCCCCACCACAAAUCCACUGGCGCAAGAACGGGAAAAAAGUUUCCUCUACGGCGUCGCGCUACAGUACCAAAUCCUACGCAAAUGGCGCGCUCCUGAGGAUCGACCCAGUAAGAGCGAAUCGCGAUGAAGCAAUGUGGGAAUGUGUUGCCGAAAAUGGAGUCGGUGAUGCUGUAACAGCAGAAGCCCAGCUGACCGUCCACGAACGUAAGUCUCUUUAAAUUUCAA